AUGACCGGUAUCAACUCGCAACAAAGCUCGGUUAUGAACGCUGUCCAAGCUGAACUAGCCAUCCUUAGACAUACCUCUAAAGCAAACCCCCUUCACAAGGGCUGGGGAUUUAUCAGGCGUCCGCUCAAUUCAUUCACUAUGGAGCAUGGUUCAGCGAGACAUCUCACGCUUGUCUUUGAACUUUUGCGAGAACCUUUCUGGAUAUACCGCAAAAGUUUUAUGGAUGAUGUGAUACCUUCAGGCGUGCUAAAGAUCUUCAAAUGA